AUGUACUCUGAUAUAAAAUCAUUUACGGUGAAAUUAAAAUUGUUUUACAAGCAUGUUGAUGAAAAAAAGUUAGAUCAUUUUGUUUGUUGUAAAAAAGCCAUGGAAACAUUUCAACAAUGUAACUGGGAAGAAGUUAAAGUAAAAUUUAUGAGUAUCAUUGAAAAGUUACAAAAUGAAUUUUCAACCAGAUUUUCUGAUUUUUAUUCAAUUGACUUCAAAAUUAAAUUAUUUCAGAACCCGUUUAUAGUUGAUACUAAUGACGUUGAAAGCUGUUUACAAAUGGAAAUUAUUGAGUUGCAAAGUGACGAAUGUCUUAAAACCGCUUUUCGUGAUUGUCAUAACUUAAUUCAGUUUUAUUCGAGUCUCUGUGAAACAAAAUUUAGCAAAAUAAAAUAUUUUGCUAAAAAAAUGUUGACCAUAUUUGGGAGCACUUAUAUUUGUGAACAAACUUUUUCACUAAUGAAAUAUCGGAAAAGCAAAUAUGCUUCGCGAUUAACCGAUGGUCACUUAAACGCUGUAUUGAGAAUUUCUACAUCAAAAAUAAAACCUGCUAUCAAUAAACUUGUUGAUACUAUUCAAACUCAAAAAUCACAUUAA